AUGAACGAUCGCGCCAUUGAGCGGAUUCGGCUCGUUAGCGGUCACGUCGCCUCGCGAGGAGCAAGCGCAUCAGAAGAUGAUGGUUGCGGCCCCCUCGCUGCUGCGCCCGCGUCCUCUUUGAUGGCCUCCGCCCUUGGCGCCUCCAAUUUUCCGCAGUGUUCCACAGCGGCAGCAUUCCCGGAGGCGAAACACGACACGCUGUUCUUCGAUGAUUUCUUGCAGCCCGAGGAGAAGGCAGUUCGCCACCGCGUCAGGGCUGUCAUGGAGCGUGAAGUUGCACCAGUGAUUGCUGGAUAUUGGGAGCGUGCAGAAUUCCCAUUCCAGCUGGUGCCAAAGUUGAGGGAGAUGAAUGUUGGGGGCCUCUUCUUCAAGGACCAUUGCAGCACGGGAGUUUCCCUUAUGAGUGGCUUCAUGGCAGUGGUUGAGAUGGCAAGAGUGGACACAAGCAUUUCAACUUUCCUCAUGGUGCAUGGCAUGUUGGCGGGAAUCACAAUCGCCCUCUUCGGCUCUGAGGAGCAGAAACGAGAGUUGGUGCCGAAAAUGUCCAACUUGGACCUGAUUGGGUGCUGGGCCCUCACGGAGCCAGACCAGGGAAGCGACGCCUCCGCUCUCACCACCAUGGCAACACGGGUCCCGGGUGGAUGGCAACUCAACGGUCGGAAACGGUGGAUUGGGAACGCGACGUUUGCCGAUGUGGCUGUGAUAUGGGCAAGGAAUGCUGAGAGUGGCCAGGUCAAUGCCUUCCUGGUUCGAAAAGGCACGCCAGGCUACCACACAAAGAAGAUCGAGAACAAAAUAGCCCUCCGCUGUGUUCAGAAUGCCGACAUACACCUUGACAACGUGUUUGUCCCCGACUCUGCAAGGUUGCCAGGGGUCCACUCGUUCAGGGAGACCGGCAAGAUCUUGGCAAUCUCUCGAAUCGCCGUCGGCUGGCAGCCCGUGGGGAUUGCUGCGGGCGUGUACGACAUGUGCCUUCGCUACCUCAAACAGAGGCGGCAGUUCGGAACGCAGCUGGCCUCCUUCCAACUCGCCCAGGAGAAGCUGUCCCGAAUGUUGGGGAACAUCCAGGCCAUGUGGCUGAUGUCCUGGCGCCUGACCAAGCUGCAAGAGGAGGGCCGGAUGACGCACGGGACGGCCAGCAUGGUCAAGGCCUGGAACACGCUGCGCUGCCGAGAGACUGUGGCGCUGGGACGCGAGCUCCUGGGAGGCAACGGCAUCGUCACCGACUUCCACGUUGCCAAGGCCUUCUGCGACUUGGAGGCCAUUUACACGUACGAGGGGACGUACGACAUCAACGCACUCGUGGCGGCCAGGGAGGCGACAGGUAUCUCGGCCGUCAAAGCUGCAGCCCGAUGA